UCUUGCUCGUGCAUACGAGUUUAUUUUGAAAGUAUGAAUAGGAAAUUUACUUUGUUGUCAUUAACUUGACAUUAUGGAGCAGCUGAGAUUGCCGUCAUAGCUCGUAGCGUUCAUUGAAUAUUUCAGCAGUUAUCACUUAAAACCCGUAGGCCUAAUUAAUCAGGGAGUGUAGGCCUACACGGGCAGUAUAGCAGGGGGGUUAUGUUUAGUUGAAGCAAUCCGGGUGAAAAUUUUUACAUCUUUAGCUAUAAUGUUUGGGAAUAUUGUCGGGGUCAGGUCAACUCGACAUACAGAUGUUAUCAGCUGGGGAGAAAAAACCCGUUAAUCUGGCUAAAUAGUCUGACGGUAGGGAUAUUGUUGUGAUUUUUUGUAACGCUAUCUCCAUGUUUUGAGUCUAAUUUGCGGCGAAAUCAUGAGCACAAUGAAGGAAAAACCGGCUAUCCGCCAGCAGAGCUCAGAGAAUAACUCUGUCAGCAGUAGUGAAUGGGAUAUGGCAAAUGAUGUAUUUGUGUCCGGCUACGACGACAAUCCGAUGGGAGAUGGUGUUGCUGCUGCGGACAGGAGCCCAGAGCAACCCGGCUUGGACAGACACCUGCCGCUGUUAUCCCAGGAUGGCAUGAUGCUGGGCCUGGCUGGGGAGGAAUAUUCGGGCACAUCGUAUCUGGACAUCGACCCAGAGUACACCGAAAGUGACGGGAAUGUCACAACCAAGAGGCGCAUACGGUCCAAUAGCUCCAGGCACCGCGGUGAGAUCGUUACGGAGCUGGGACCAGAGGAGGUCCGCUGGUUUUACAAAGAGGACAAGCGGACGUGGAAGCCAUUCGUCGGACAUGACUCUUUAAAAAUCGAGACUGUCUAUCGGAGAUUCUGUGAGCAGAACCCCGACAAGGUCAAACGCCUCGUCGAUCCCAGCGAGGCCGAGGGGAAGGAGGCAGCCAGUUCUGGUGAGAUCCAGCCGGAGAGUGGAGCGGUGGACGGUGGAAGUGUCCGGGUGGAGUCGGUGGUGCAGCAACGCGGAGGGCAGCAGCACUCGGUGUCGGAGGAGAUGAGGGACCUGGACGACAUCAGCGUGGAAGCAGUGUGUGUCAGAGGAGGGCUCUAUGAAGUGGAUAUCAGGGAGAAGGAAUGCUACCCUGUUUACUGGAACCAGCAAGACCGUAUUCCUGUGAUGAGGGGUCAGUGGUUCAUUGAUGGAACGUGGCUUCCCCUGGAGGAGGAUGAGAGUGACCUCAUCGAGAUGGAGCACCUCGCCCGCUUCAGGGGGCAACAGAUGAGGGACACCUAUGAGAUGGAGGUGGUGACCACCACAGUGGACAGCAAGGACGCCAUCCACAGUCUGAAACUGAGCAGAAGUCAUGUGGACUGGCACAGUGUGGAUGAGGUUUACCUGUACAGUGAUGCCACCACCUCCAAGAUCGCACGUACUGUCACUCAGAAACUGGGCUUCUCUAAAGCCUCCAGCAGUGGGACGCGUCUCCAUCGUGGAUACGUGGAAGAGGCAGCACCUGAGGACACCCCUCCUGAAACCACACACAUUGUCUUUGUGGUGCAUGGCAUUGGCCAGAAGAUGGACCAGGGCCGCAUCAUCAGGAAUACCAGCAUGAUGAGAGAUGCUGCCAGAAAGAUGGAGGAGAAGCACUUCUCUGAUCGCACCACAGAGCAUGUAGAGUUCCUUCCUGUGGAGUGGAGGUCAAAACUAGCUCUCGAUGGAGACACGGUGGACUCCAUCACCCCAGACAAAGUGCGAGGUCUCAGAGACAUGCUGAACAGCAGCGCCAUGGACAUCAUGUACUACACCAGCCCUCUGUACAGAGAUGAGAUUACAAAGGGUUUGACUCUGGAGCUGAAUCGUCUGUACUCACUCUUCUGCUCGCGAAAUCCAGACUUUGAGAAAAAUGGGAAGGUGUCCAUAGUGUCUCACUCGCUGGGCUGUGUCAUCACCUUCGACAUCAUGACAGGCUGGGACCCUGUGCGCUUUCAUCAUCAAGAAGCACCAGACCUGGAAGAGACAAAAGUCCGCUGGGCAAGUGAUGAGGAGCACCACCUUCAGGAGCAGCUGAGACUCACACGCCUCAGGUUGAGGGACUUGGAGGAUCAGUUCCAUGGUCUGCAGACCUCAUCUUGUGCUGUGCCAGCCUUAAAAUUCAAGGUAGAAAAUUUCUUCUGCAUGGGCUCUCCUCUCGCUGUUUUCCUGGCGUUGCGGGGGACCCGGCCUGGAAACAAUAAUGUGCAGGACCACAUCCUGCCCACAACUAUCUGCAAACGCCUCUUCAAUAUAUUCCACCCCACAGAUCCUGUGGCGUACAGAUUGGAGCCUCUUAUCUUAAAGCACUACAGUAACAUUGUGCCUGUUCAAAUCCACUGGUACAACACCAGCAACCCAACACCGUAUGAUCACAUCCGGCCCACACUGCUUAACCCCCCAAAGGAGACGGCAUCUGUCUCAGACUCAGAGAGCAUCCCCAGUCCCUGCACCUCCCCGCCCCAGGCCCGACGGCACUAUGGAGAGUCCAUCACCAGCCUGGGCAAGGCCAGCAUUAUGGGUGCUGCCAGUCUUGGAAAGGGAAUCGGAGGAAUCCUGUUUUCCCGUUUUUCCCGUUCCAGUGGCCAGGUGGGUGGAGUAGAGGAGGAGCCAAUAGAUUCUGAGGGUGGAGCCUCUGAAGUUGAAAAUGUGUCAUCAGGGGAGGAAGGAGCACCAGUGGCAGAGACCGAAGUGAAGGACAAAGAAAUAGAGGAGGAUAGGACAGAGGUAGAGCCUGCCAUGUCCCAGUCCACCUCAUCUGUCAUGGACAGUACCUCUUUGGAACUGGAGAGACGCAUCGACUUUGAGCUGCGGGAGGGCUUGGUGGAGAGCCGCUAUUGGUCAGCAGUAACCUCACACACGGCCUAUUGGUGCUCCUAUGAUGUGGCGCUGUUCCUCCUCACCUUUAUGUACAGACCACAAGAGUCUCUUGAACCUGCAGAAGACAACUCAGAGACCUCAUAAACUAAUGCAUGGAGCCAUCACCACUGGGGUCACCUCACUUUCUAUUCACGCCUUUUCAAACAUAAACUAAAUGCCCAACAUACGGAACAUAAAAUGAUGAUUUCUUAAUUGAGAUAAAACAUAUGGAAUUCUCUGUUUGACACAAUUUUUGA